CUUAGGUGUGGUGUGAAGCACUACACAAAAUGGCGAAGAUUGAUUUUCAAACACUUGAGUGACAGACGAUAUUUAUUUGUACAUUAUUUAAAAAAUCACAAUGGCAGAUGUUGAGGUGGAUUUAGCAAAGCUUCCUCAAGGCAUAAAUGAACAAUUGCGCGAGCUUGAACUUGAGCUGUCAGAGGGUGACAUCACACGAAAAGGCUAUGAUAAGAAAAGAUCACGUUUGCUAAACCCAUAUGUCAACAAAAGUCCACCUCAACAAAUUUCUGGGCAAAAUGCACCCAGUCCAAAAACAGCGGCAAACAGGAAGGAGGCCAGAAGGGUCACAAGGGAAGACAAUAGAUAUCAUUCAGAAGUUCGAACGGAAGCAGUGAUGCAGGCUUUAGCUCAGCACAAUAAAAGGGUACCAGUGAUGCCAUUACCUUCAAAGCGUACAUCUGUUAAUUAUAAAGGUCAAGAACGACCCAGACAUGAAUCGUCAUCCGAUGACGACAGUAUCUUUGGUGAAGACCAGAAUCGUGACUUUCUACGAGGAGGCAGGUUACGUGAUAGUGGUGCUAGUUCGUCUUCCUACUCUGACCAUUCCCCUCACCAUCAGGGGCGUGACCAAAGACCACAAAGUGCAAUGUUCUUUUUACCUGGCAACACGUCCAGGGCUGUCUCAGAUGUCCACCAUUCCAGACAUUCACAACCAAUUUCUCAACCACCGGAUGUAACAAACAAUGCAAAGAGUAUGAGACAAGCUGAUCGUGUUGGACCCUACGCUGCCUCACACGUCUCCUCUGUAAGGAUGACUAACACAGGCAGUGUGACAGGGAUGGAGGAUGUCAAUGGCUCAAGACACCAAGGAAAAGUUUCUGCCAAGAUUCAACAAUUGCUCAACACAUUAAAAAGACCUAAAAGAAAACCAUUAAAAGAAUAUUUUGUAGAGGAUGAUGAAGCUUUAGAAGCUCCAGUUCCUGACCCCAAUGCACCAAAACCAGAAGGAAACAUUCUAACACCAGUUGCUGGUGAACAAUUAACUACCCCCUCAGGAUUACCCAGAAAUCUGGAGGCAGCAUUACAAAGAUAUGGUUCUUCUACGUAUAAAGCUAAUGCUGUUACUGUCCUGGACCAAAGUGGAAAACCAUCAUUAAAUUUAACCUAUGGAAAAUUAUUAAACCGAACACAGAAAAUAGCCUAUAGUUUAUUACAUAAAACGGGACAGAAGAGUGGAGAUGGCGCCAUUAAACCAGGAGAUAGGGUUGCCUUAGUUUACCCUAACAAUGACCCAAUAUCGUUUAGCUGUGCUUUCUAUGGUUGUUUAGUAGCUGGAGUUGUACCGGUACCAGUAGAAGUUCCCUCAGCAAGACGGUCUAAUCACACCGUUGUUGACCAUUUAUGGGAUGCAGGGAGUGAAGGUAUUGGGUUCAUGUUAGGAAGUUUAAAUGUACAGUGGGGAUUAACAUCAGAAGCCUGUUAUAAAAGUUUAUCAAAAUCUGCCAGUGGGGAAGUCAGUAGUUUUAAAGGCUGGCCUAAACUUCACUGGUUUCUAACAGACAAUUUAACCAAACCACACAAAGACUGGCAACCUCCGCCUAAAGUCUCAGAGGAUAUACCUGCUUAUGUAGAAUAUACACAAGGCAAAGAUGGAAGUACCAUGGGAGUAACUGUAACAAGGAGCAGUAUGCUAUGUCACGCUAGAACGCUUACAGUGGCAGCUAAUUAUACAGAAGGUGAAGUGAUGGUUUGUGUAUUAGAUUUUAAACGUGAAUUGGGAUUGUGGCAUGGAAUUUUAUGUAGUGUAUUUAAUGGCAUGCAUGUGAUAUUUGUUCCCUAUUCUCUGAUGAAAGUUGAUCCUGCCUCAUGGAUGAAAAUGGUCACCAAAUAUAAAGCUUCAGUUGCAAUUGUGAAGUCUAGAGACAUGCAUUGGGGUCUGUUAGCACAGAAAGACCAUAAAGAUAUAAACUUUAGUGCUUUACGUCUCUUACUGGUGGCCGAUGGGGCUAACCCUUGGUCUCUGACUUCCUGUGAUGCUUUUUUUAAUGCGUUCCAAAGCAAAGGACUGAAAUCUGAUGCAAUCUGUCCAUGUGCCACUUCUGUAGAGGGCCUUACAGUAUCGGUGAGAAGACCUGGUAGAACAAGUGCUAGUGCAACAGGUCGUGGUAUUUUAUCUAUGUUAGGGUUAAGUCAUGGUGUGGUAAGAGUGGACAGUGAAAAUAGUUUAACUUCUUUAACACUCCAGGAUUGUGGUCAAGUGAUGCCAGGAGCUGUGAUGAUUGUGAUAAAAGUUGAUGGGUUACCAUAUCUCUGUAAGACAGAUGAAGUUGGAGAGUUGUGUGUCUGUGCUGGUUACACAGGCAGUAAUUACUGGGGUCUACAGGGGGUUACCAGUAAUACCUUUCAGAUACAACCACUUAACAAUGAUGGCCGACCUAUAGGAGACAAAUUAUAUGUACGGACAGGGUUGUUAGGAUUCCUAGGGCCAGGUGGUUUAGUAUUUGUAUGUGGUAGUAAAGAAGGUCUGAUGCAGGUAUCAGGCAGACGGCAUAAUACAGACGAUAUAAUAGCAACAGUAUUGGCAGUAGAACCAAUGAAGUUUAUUUACCGUGGACGAAUUGCUGUGUUUUCAAUCAAUAUACUUAAAGAUGAACGAAUUGUGAUUGUAGCAGAACAGAGACCAGAUUGUUCAGAGGAAGAGAGUUUCCAAUGGAUGAGCAGAGUUUUGCAGGCCGUAGAUAGUAUACACCAAGUUGGGGUCUUUUGUUUGUCUCUAGUCCCACAUAAUUAUUUACCAAAGACUCCACUGGGUGGUAUACAUUUACAUGAGACAAAGAAAAGAUUCUUAGAAGGAAGUUUACAUCCAGCUAAUGUGCUCAUGUGUCCACAUACAUGUGUUACAAAUCUACCAAAACCAAGAGAAUUCAAACCAGAUGUGACACCCUCAGCAGUUCAUGUUGGUAACAUUGUACAGGGAGCAAGAAUGGCUUGGGCUCAAGGGAGAGAACUCACGUCUUCAGACGAAGAAACAGAUAACGCUAAAAAGCACCAGUUUUUAACGGAGAUUUUACGCUGGAGGUCACAGUCCACACCUGAUCAUAUAUUAUUUACAAUGCUCAAUUCUAAGAUUCAAGGGAAAUGGCCUUACCAGAUUCAGCCACAAUUACAAAUGACAUGUUCACAGUUACAUAAGAGAGCAGAAAGAAUAGGUUGUAUGUUAAUGGAGAAAGGGAGAUUAAAUACGGGAGAUCAUGUUGCUCUCAUUUACCCUCCAGGUAUAGAAUUAAUAGCUGCUUUCUAUGGUUGUUUGUAUGUGGGUUGUGUUCCUGUGACGAUACGACCGCCCCACCCACAGAAUAUUGCCACCACAUUACCAACAGUUAAAAUGAUAGUUGAAGUCAGCAAAGCAUCAGCUAUAUUAACCAGUUCUAUGGUACUCAAGCUGAUGAAAUCAAAGGAAGCCAUCUCUAUAGUUGAACCAAAGUCAUGGCCUUCAUUUAUAGACACAGAUGAUUUAAGCAAGAAGAAAAUCCAAGCCAUUUACCGAGCUCCUACUCCAGAAAUGAUUUGUUAUCUGGACUUCAGUGUUUCUACUACAGGGAUGUUAGCAGGUGUUAAGAUGUCUCAUGCUGCUGCUACAGCACUUUGCAGAGCAAUCAAACUUCAAUGUGAAUUUUACCCUUCAAGGGAUGUAACUCUGUGUUUAGAUCCAUAUUGUGGAUUAGGCUUUGUUCUAUGGUGUCUCACUAGUAUAUAUUCAGGUCAUCAUUCCAUUCUGAUAGCUCCGUCAGAAGUAGAAACAAAUCCAGCCGUGUGGCUCACUGCUGUUAGCAAUUAUAAAGUUCGUGAUACAUUUUGUUCGUAUGGUGUGAUGGAGUUGUGUACGAGAGGACUGGGAACAUCAACAGCCACCUUAAAGGCUCGUGGUGUCAAUUUAUCAUGUGUCCGUACCUGUUGUGUAAUAUCAGAGGAGCGUCCAAGGAUACAGCUGACCACAUCUUUCACUAAAUUAUUUGCCAAUCUCGGUCUUUCUCUGAGAGCUGUCAGUACAAGUUUUGGUUGUAGGGUCAACUUAGGCAUGUGCUUACAAGGAGCAUCCUGUCCUAAUUGUACCACAGUAUAUGUAGAUAUGAGAGCCCUCAGAAAUGAUAGAGUAACUCUGGUAGAGAAAGGAAGUCCUCAUAGUCUUUGUGUAAUGGAGUCGGGCAAGCUUCUGCCUGGAGUAAAAGUUGUGAUAGCUAACCCAGACACAAAAGGACAGUGUGCAGAUUCACAUUUAGGAGAGAUCUGGGUACACAGCCCCCAUAAUGCAGCAGGAUAUUCCAGUAUCUAUGGGGAUGAUUCCCUACACGGAGACCAUUUUGAUUCCCGUCUCGCUACAGGAGAUAUCCAUACUUCCUAUGCUAGGACGGGAUAUUUGGGAUUUGUCCGCAGAACAGAUCUGACACAAAGUGAUGGAGGUCGCCAUGAUGCUAUUUUUGUUGUUGGAUCUUUAGAUGAGACUGUGAUGUUAAGAGGAAUGAGAUAUCAUCCCAUAGAUAUAGAAACUAGUGUUCUACGUUCUCAUAGGAAGAUAUGUGAAUGUGCUGUGUUUACAUGGACUAAUUUACUAGUAGUUGUAGUUGAACUGGAAGGACAUGAAAACGAGGCUCUUGACCUUGUUCCCUUGGUAACCAAUGUGACAUUAGAAGAACAUUAUCUAAUAGUUGGUGUUGUUGUCGUUGUCGAUCCUGGUGUCAUCCCCAUCAACUCUCGAGGAGAGAAACAACGCAUGCAUCUACGUGACGGUUUCCUGGCGGACCAGCUGGACCCAAUCUAUGUCGCCUAUAAUAUGUAAACACACCAUCUAUGUCACCUAUUAUAUGUAACAUUUCGAAGAAAUAAUCACACAUACAAGAAAUUCAAGAAUUGCCUGUUUGGUUCAUUCUUUCCAUAAUGGUUGAUUCAUGUCUCAAUUGAAGCUUACAUGCUAUCAUUAAAAGUGUGCAGAACAUGGAAAGCUAUGUCGCCUAUAAUAUGUAGACAACCAUGUAUGUCGCCUAUUUAAUGUAACAUUAGGAAGAAAUAAUCAUUAACCAGAGUUCUUGAAAUCUUUUUCCCCUUGGUGGUCCUUUAGGGAAAUAUGCUGGUAUUAACUAUUAUUUCUAUUGCAAAAUACUGAAAUUGUGCCGAUCCAAUGCAAAUUUUGGUGGUCAAAACCUUAGGAUCACAUUUUGAGAACUCUGCAUUAGCAUACUAGAAAAUCAAGAAUUUGCCUGUUUGACAAUUGAUUUGUUUGAAUUUAUGAGUGUCUCAUGUCUAAUUGAAGCUUACAUGCUAUCAUUGUAAAAAAAGUGCACAGAACAUGGCACUCUUCUAGGAAAAGAGUUCUGAAGUCGGUUUCACAAAAAAAGUUGCAAUUUAUAAACAAUUCAAUAUACUUAAGAUCAAUCUUAGUGGUAAGUUUUUAUGUGAAUCCGACUUCUGGUUAUAGUUUCUUUAUAGUGUAUUUCAAAUACACAAAGUCAUCGAAAAUUCAUCCCAUUCUUCAAUAUAGUAGAUCUGAAGUUCAUAUUAUUUCUUUUAUUACUUUGCAAAUAUGAUGUGAGUUAAUUCCCUUUAUCGUACUUCCUGUUAGGAAAACAGUGCAAUGCAAUCCCACCUAAAUGUUAUCAUUCCCUGAUCAUUGUUAUCAAGUAUAAGUUAGUAUGCAUGCUUAGGCAGAUUGUAGAUAAUAGGAACAUAAUAUAGAAAUGUUAAACCAGAUAGAUAAGGAUAUCUUAUAAAGAUUUUAUUGCCAUUCUGAUUUAAAACCUUACAUUUUGUAUUUGGAUGAAGAGAGCUGAUUAUGAUACACUGAGGGAUAUUCCAUUUAAAUGUGUGUGGAAGGGUAGGAAGGGACUUUUGAAAUAUCCCUACAAACAAGAGCUAUUUUAUGCCCCACCUAUGAUAGUAAAGGGGUAGUAUGUUUUCUGGUCUGUGCAUGCGUUCAUCUGUUUGUCCAUUUGUCUAUCUGUCCAGCUUCAGGUUAAAGAUUUUGGUCAAGGUUGUUUUUAAUGAAGUAUAAGUCAAAUCAACUUGAAUCUUAGUUUUACGGUCCACUGAAUAUAGAAAAUGAUAGUGCAAGUGGGGUUAUCGUUGUACUAUGGACACAUUCUUUGCUUGAAAUAAUUUUCCAUAAUGGUAAUAUGUAUACUGAACACAGACCCUUUACUCAAUGAUUAAACUUCCCUUCAUACCCUCCCACAUACUUUUUAAUGGAAUAGUCCUGAUGAUUAUUGAUAAAAGAAUUGUAAUAAUCAGAAUACUUGUACAUGUAAGUGGCCAGUAUGUUAGAGGUGUGUACAGUCUAAAAGGUUCGAUUUUGACAAAUUUAUGUUAAAAUAAUAAUUCAAGGAACAGUAUUGUUAAGAAUUUGGGCAUUUUGUUAUAUCUUUAUUUUCUUGUAACUUUUGAAAAAACUUUUUGACAAGAAAUUAGUACUGCAAGCCAGUUCCUAAGAAUCAAUAAUGCUGAUUUUGAAAAUUAUUAUUUUGAAAAAGUUUGUGAUUUUCUUUUUCAUACACCACAGGAAAGAGAUGUCACCUUCAUUUGUGAGGAAAAGAGAAAGUGUAUGUAUAAGAAAAGUCUAAUAUAUAUAUACUAACCUAAACAUUUUUUAUUUAAGUGUUCUGCUAUUCAACAAUGGAGCUGUUAUUUUAUAUUAACCCAAAAAUAAAACCAAGAAUUUUAUAAUAUGUUUACUUAGUCAUGUUAUCCACACAGAAAUAGUGCUUUAGUUUACUUGAUAUAUUUGUUUUUGUUUUAUGUAUAAUUUGUUAAAACUUAUGUAAAGUAAGUUAAAUCUAUUUUAUUAAUUUCUUUUUUUGCUUUUCUUAUUUAACUUAUCACAACUUGUUUGGAAAAUAAUAACAUAGAAGAAGGAUAUAAUAUUUUACAGUAAAACCGAGGUCCUUAAAAGUCUGGGUAUAAGGUCCUUGGUCCAUUCAUGUUAUAAGAGGUCCUCUUUUCAUUGGAAGUCCAGUGGAAAUCUGUUUUGUUUUGUUUGAAUAAUAACAGUAAAUAAAAGACAGUAGUUUGUUGUAGUUGCUAACAAUUGUUUUGAUACCAAUUUUCAUGGGUAUAGGUGAACCCCAAAAGUUAUGUAUUCAGCCAAAAAAAAAGGAUUUCCUUUUAUGAAUAAUUUGCCAAAACCAUGAAAUCAAGUAUCAACAAGCACACAGUUUAUUCUAAAUUAACAGAAAUUUGUAUCAACAAAUAAAAAUAAAAAUGUGAUAGCUAACCUACCUUAAACAUGACUUCAUUUUUGAGGUGUGCAUAAUAAAACAUAAAUAUGUAGAAUGACUACAUUUCUGUUUUUUUACCGUAUUAACAGACCUCAUUUGUGUGAACAGUUUGUUUUUUGGAAAAAUGUCACAUAGGGCCAUCGAGAAAAGUAAUGUCUAGAUUAAGGCUUCCUGUUCACAUAUACUUAACCCAUGUUUAAUUUUCAUAGAAUUAUCAGGGUAAUUCUUAAAAUCUAUACAAACCAAGUAAAUGGUCAACUUUUGCAAAUUGUAUUCUAGAAAUUUGAACCAUGACAUUUUUUAUUUUAUUUAUUUUAUAACAGAAACAGAUUGCAUUUGAUAUUUACUGUACAAUACUUCAUGAAUUUUUAUGUUAAUAUUUGAAUAUAUGUAUCUUAUUUGAUAAUUACUAAGAUAGCUUGAAAAAAUUUAAAGUUUGAAAUUAUUUUGCAGUUUUGAUAUUGGAUCUGAUUUUCUUUCGAAUUUACAUCUCAAUUAUUGCAUAAACUAACCAUUUUCUCUCAAAGCUAUCUCUAACAUAUAUUUUAAUUUUUAGACAAGGUCUUUCUAUUAAACCCAUUAUCUGGGCUUGAUUUAAAUAGUGUACAUUUGAGCUUAACAUUUAUUUGAUAUUUAACUGAGCUUUUUUUCGGUUCACUUAGUUCAUAAAACACUUAAACGAUUCUAGCAUUUAUACACCCUUGGCCUUUUUAGGUUCACUUUGUUCAUAUAACACUUCAAAAGUUGUAGUAUUUAUAUAUUCUUGGCUUACAAAUUUUGUGUGAGCUUGGCUGAUGAAGGUAAAUCUAGUAAAAGCAUUUUUGACAUACCAAAUUUAUAGUUUUUUUUUAAAUAAUGCAACCAAAAUGUACUAAAAACAGCAGUUACAAAAUUGUUUAAAUUUUUUUGUUACUGAAAACAAGUUAACAUGCCCCCACUAUUUAGAAAUAUUUUGUCCCCAAAUUUACAUCAUAAUGUUUGUUUGUUUUUACACACGUAUUAAUGUAUGUAAGUAAAUAUUUCAGUUAAUACUUGUAUAAAGUAAACAUUAAUGUGUAGCAAAGCUAUUCUUUUUAAAAGUGCUGUGUAAUAUUUUUGUACAUAGAUCAUUUCUUAUUUGUGUACAAUGUAUGUGUGGUGAGUGUGCAAAAGUGAUUUGUGUAUUCAAGUGUGCAUAUGUGAAUAUGAGCAUGAUAAAAAUUGAUGUGCAAUAUUUUUUAUACAUUAGUCUUAUUGUUAAUAAUUUAUAGGGACUGUUUCAAGAUAUUGAUUUUAAGAGGUUUUGAACACAAAACUUCUUAUGCACAUUUUAAAUCAUGAAUUUGAACGUUAAAGUUAAUGUUAAAUAAAACCAUAAUAAGAAAAAGAAAAUGAAGAUUUUCAAAGCACAGGUCCACCUUUUGAUGCAAUCAUUAUUUAUCUGAAAUAAGGCCAUAGGAAAAUUGUUAAAAAUCAAGGAUUUACUUUUGUUCUUGAUACUUCUAGAAUGUCAAAAACUGAAAAUAGGAAAAAUGAAAGUCUUCUUACAUAUUUGUAUUGAUGUAUUAACUGGUUAACAUCUUGUCAGAUUAACAAUAUUUUCAUUUCAUAGAAGAACAAAAACCUCAAUAUUUUGAAACAAUCCCUUAGUUUCACUCAAAUAAAAUGCAAUCUUUUCAAUCAUGGAUCAAUUUCUGUAUAAAAUAAUGACAAAAGAUAAUAACUGCAGUAUCCAGGUUAUCCAAUGACUUAGAAAUAAAAAAAAAAAAAUGGUUUCAUUUUGACAAGGAUUUGUAUAGUAAGUCUUACUAUACAAAUCCUUGAUUUUGAAAUUAAAAUAUUAGUAAGUUAGGAUACUGGUUUUAUAGAUAUGCAUUUCGUUUAAAAGAAAAUCAGUUAGAUGACACCACUUUUCAAAGAUUUUUGAUUAUUGAAACCAAGCACCAUCAUUUUAUUGAUUUUCUAUAAGAAUUGAACCCAUCCAAGAGGUGUUCACUUAUCAUCAUUUUCAAAAAACUGAAAUAUUCAAAUCAUCUACAAAAAAUGCAAAAGAUAGUUAUUUAUUUGUGUGAUUGAGAUUUGAUCAUAUGGUUAUCAUGUGAUCAUUUUUCUUGUCAUGUGACCUUAAAUGUUGAUCAUGUGAUUGUUAUGUUCCUGCUUGUGUGUAUAAGUAGCUAAUACAUAAAUUAUUCUUGUGAAAUUUGUACUGUUUUAAUAUAAGUUUUUGUAUGUCUUAAAAAUCAUGGGACUUAUUCUAUUCCCAAGCUAAAAAUAAAUUAAGCUAUUAAAACACAGAAA